AUGUAUGGAGAAGGUGUCAGACUGGUUUGCCCUUCAGGAGCUGUAGAAACUCCUGUGUCCGUCAGCGUAACAUUAGAACAUCCUUUCAAGUAUUAUCGACUUCUUGUUCAAAAGGAUCUUGCAAAAGACGUCAUGUUCGGUGCACCCAUCAUCAAUCUUCGUCCUAAUGGAUGUUUCUUCAAGAAGCCUGUUACGCUGAUCACCAAGUUCGAAAUUCCGGGUUGGAAGUUUAGUGACGUCCUUAUUUUGCACGGCACAGAGGCAAGCUUAGGAAAGAUCACCUGGGAGGACAUCACUCAUAGUGCAAAAACUGAUGAGGCCAGCCAAGAAGUGAUCAUCGAGCUAAACCAUUUCUCGCGGAUUGCAGUUUUGAAAAGGAGGACUAGAAUUCGCCUCAAAGACUUUGUGUCUCGGCUCAAUUUGCAUGCAUUUCAUUACAGGUUGUUGGUGUUAAGGAGGGGCGGCUCUUUGUCUGAGAAAGUGCGCAACGAAGUUGAAGACGAACUUGCCCUACUCUUCGUAAGCGAAGAUGUCUAUCACGAACAAUUUUACAAACUGCAGAAGAAUUCAGCUUUAGUUCAGCUAGAAAAGGAUCAAUUUGUAAAGCUCCAUGUAACUCGUAGUGAAACGCCAGAGGGGAGAAGACGCAUCAGUAACAACGAAAAUCUUACAGUCGACAUUCAGGUUGGGGAAGACUACAAGCUUGUUGACAGCCAUCAGGAAAGUAGACAAUUCAGUGUACAGGCCUCCAUUUGGUGGAACGCUGGAAAGGUUGUCAGACUCUCUCUGAAAUCAAAACGGGAUGUCAGAAGUCUGUGCGGAGCGAUUACCGUACAAGGAGAAUACGGACACAUUAGCACAUGGCACUUCAGUGAAGAAGGUAUGACAGUUAGCUUACAUAAGCAUAAUACACAUGUUACUGUUGAUGAAAUAUUAAGAUUUAUUAUAUGGCAGAGUCUGCUUUCGCCAUGCGAUUGGUCAAUUUGCGGUCCGUAACUUGCUAUACGGACCAAACUUUUUAAAGAAACGUUCUUUUCGGAGCUCUACAUCUCUUUACCUCGGAAAAAAGGUUUAAAUAAACUUAUAAAACGCCUGUCAACCUGUUGACUUUGGCCUUCAACAUUUUAAACUGUGUCUAUUUGUGAACAAAGGCGAUGACGAAACUAACUCGUAAUCUUACCGAAGAGGAUUCUAGUCAGUGUUUGAAAAUUUUGUCGCAGUACACAGUUAAGAAGACGAAAAUCGACUGGCAGAGAUUCGACAUGGUUUGCCUAAGAGAAAAUGAGUAAUUCGUUCGACAAAUAUGAUACACAUACCUACACCCGAUCAUCUUGACAAGCUUCUUUGCCAUUUGCAGUGCUUUUCAAGGACCAACGAAAGAAAGAUAGAAGCGAGUUCGAGCCAGACAAAAUGUGCAGUUUUCAAAAGACUCCAGCGUCACAUUAACGAGUAAAUACUUACAGUGCUCUUAGUUUUGACCCAAUAAACUUUAAAAUAUGUCUGUAAACCCUGAGGACUGGGAUAUUGACUUUGCCUUUCCAAAUUUUCACCUAGCUUUGUUUAAAUGAGAACGAAGCUGACGUAGAAACUGAAUCGUAACCUCAACGAGGAAGAGAAUUCAGUCAGCGUUUGAAAAUUUUAACGCAGAUCACGUGCAAUUGAAGACAAGAAUGAACUGGCAGAAAGAGAGGAUUUCCCAAUAACAAUUAACGAGCGAAUCCUUCGACAAUGACAACAGACUCACCUUGAAAAGCUUCUUUGCCUUUUCCAGUGUUUUUUUUUUUACAAGGACAAACGGAGGAAAGACGGAAACGACUUCUAGACAGACAUAGUGUCCGGCUUCCAAAAUACUACAGCGUUACAUUAAAGAGCUAAAACUUACAGUGCUCUUAGUUUUGACCAAAUAAACUUUUUCAACAUGGCGAAUUUGUUUUUACUUUCUCGAAAAGCCUUUGUUAUGUGCUAUUGUUUUCGUGCGCCAAUAAAAACUUUCUUUUUUGACGACUGUCAAAUGACUGUCAAAUCGUGCGUCCUGCACUUGUUUCCGGUCCCCCAAACAGGAAGAAGCCAUAUAAUAAACAUCUUAUUAGCCUCGUUUUUUCGGUUCGUACUGUAAAUUACGGAUCCUCCUUUUUUUCCAUCGAUUUAUGACCCAAGCGCGAAGCGCGCGGGCCAUAAAUCGAUGGAAAAAAAAACUCGGUCCGUAAUUUACAGUACAGACCGAAAACUCGGCUAAUGUAUCUGAUUGCUUCGUGGACAUACUUUGCUGUCAACUGAGUAGGACAGUAACAAAAUCUAUAUUAUUUUCGCCACAUUCCACAAUCGAUUUUAAAGUACAAUCUUAAAGGUCAAAUGAACCAAAAUUUCGACCUUUUUUAUUUUAGUUCAAUUCUAGUGAAAUGUGUUUAAUACGAACCAAGUAAACAUGCAUACUAUGAAGUUUCAGCUCAAUUAAAGCAAGCAUCUCCGAGAUAUUCGCAGUUAAAAAGUGUUAUUUUUUUACCCUUAUCUUCGUAGAGCGGUCGGAAAAAUUGUCGGCAAAAACAGCUUUUGACGUCAAUGUCGGUCAGGUGAAAAAAAGCGGAAAAUUCAAAACGGUGCUUUUUGAGCCGACUUGGCGCAGAAAUUAUGGUGGUUUGUGUGGCCAUAAACCUGGAAGGAACAAGCAAUUUGUCUUCAAAAGUUGCAAGCUGGGGUUAAAAUCCUCUUAUUAUUUAAUUUUCUCGAAGUAUGCAUCAUAAUAAAACGGACUUUAACGACACUAAUCUCCUUGCGUUGUACUGGAAAUGUGCGUGCUUAGGUCCGAUUUUUUUCAAGAUGCAUUCACAAAAUGUGUUCCCAUGAGGAAGUUCCUGGAUAUAUAAGGUCCGGAGCUCCACUGUGGACACAAUAACAAAAUAUCUUUCUAUGGUGUUUUGCCCAAAAAUUUCACGUUUGCCCACAAUGUGUCUGAACUUUGCCGCACUCGAGCUGAUGAUAUUUUAAAACCCACGCCUUGAUCGGACACUUGUAGCUUCGCAAAACAAGUCGAAGUUUUGGCGUUGAUAAGUGGGCAGAAAAAGAGUUAAUCUUUAUCUAGUAAAAUCUUCCCCAAAAUCGAUUUGAAAGCAACUAUAGUUUUAUAAACUUGAUCGUUUCGCGUAAGAUUUGCUUUGUGUUGUCACGGUUGAACAUGCAUAACACCUCUCAAAAACCUACGCAUAAGUAAGAUUUCCCUCAAACAAAGUUAAAGUUACAUUAUUGCAAAAACGUCUUUCCACUUAUGUAUGUGAUUUAAUUUCCGACUGGGGUCACUUGAGGACCAUAGACGCCACUUUAAGCUCGCAAAGAGAUGCGACAAGCAAAGAACAAUUCCAUCAUGCGUGAAAUUCAGCUUAAGUGAACUAAAAAAAGCUUCAAUAAUAAGGUUGCAAAACAACAAAUUUUCAUUGGAAAAAAACAUAAGUCUUAAGGCUCUUAUACAUGUACAAUGACAAUGUUCAAAGAAGUGAAUUUUCUGUACGAAAACAACCUACCUAAAGAUCAUGAAAGCAAAAGAUCAGUUGCAAGCUUCGUAGCUAAGCCAUGAUUCACCAUUUAGCUAUUUUUAAUAACUGGUCCAUGCGAGGGUCUUCAUUCAAGCAAAUUUAACUCAGCAAACUGAAUCAUUAGAAAAUACAGAAAACUGCACGUAAGGGUUUGUUUUGCUCGCUUAGUCAAAUUCAGCUCCAGCAAUUGUUUACGGGCAAAGAGUCAAUUGUUUUGAAGUCACUGCCGGCAGUUCAGCUACUACAGCGAGUGAAAAGUAAAAUUUGCUUACAGAAAAAAAACAAAAUUAUGUAAUUAAAAAUGAAAAAAGGAAAAAGCUCUGACUAUUAUUCGUUGAUGCUCCAAACCUGUACCAUGUAUAUCCGAUAUUAAUCUAUCUAGCCUUAAUAUUGAGAGGAAAAUAACAUUAUUGAAGAAUAAUAAAGCCACCGGACCAGAUGGUAUAUCACCCAAAUUAUUGAAACUCGCAGGUACUGCUGUUGUUGGCCCGCUGACCAGCCUUUUCAUUCAAAGCAUACGCGAAUGUAGAGUCUACAAUAAUUGGAAAGUGGCCAGACUAACACCUGUAUUCAAAAAAGAUGAUCCUACGGUAAUGAGUAAUUAUCGUCCCCUCUCCUUGCUAAGUGUACCCAGCAAGAUUUUAGAAUCAUGUGUAGCGGACACGAUUGUGAAACAUGUUUUCUCGGAAAACGAAGCGCUCGUCACUGACAACCAGUGGGCCUACCGAAAAGGAAGAUCGACAGAGCUAUUACUCAUCCACCUGCUAGAAACUUGGCGACGAGCAAUCGAUAACAAAUUAGUUGUGGGCGCCAUAUUCAUAGACUUCCAGAAGGCGUUUGAUUGCGUUUCACACUCAAUUCUUCUUCACAAGCUAGAGCACAACUUUGGAAUCACGGGAAACUUACUGGCAUGCCUAAGAGAUUAUCUAUCCGAUCGGGAACAGUAUACUGUAAUUAAUGGCGUACCCUCUGAGAAUACCAAAGUUGUACACGGUAUACCACAGGGCUCCGUACUCGGGCCCAUACUCUUCGCCUUGUACACAAGCGAUCUACCGAAAGCAGUUCACACUGCAACAACGUUCCUGUAUGCUGAUGAUACCACUAUGUACUGUGUUGGUGAAUCCGUAGACCAGGUCACAAUAACGCUGAACAAAGCUCUAGAAGAACUCGCCCUCUGGUGCAAACAUAACUCCCUGGUACCACACCCCAAAAAGUGCGAGGGAAUGAUCCUUAAACGAAAUCAUUUUAUCGGUCCCUUAGGCAGUUUAAAAAUUAACCAGCAUCUCAUAAAAUGGUCCUCAAGUUCUAAGCUGUUAAGUGUAACCACUGACAACAAGUUUACGUGGACAAAACACAUAUCAGAGCUCAAAAGAGGGUUCGUUAACAAUCUCAAUCUAAUCAAAAGCAGCCGCUUUUUACCCAGGAACUCGCUUUUAGACCUAUAUUUUAAAGUCAUUUUACCGUCGGUUACAUAUGCGUUACCAAUUUGAGGGUAUUGUACAAAUAAAAAUGAAUUUAAUUCUUUGGAAUCCAUACAUUGUAGGGCUGCUAGAGUUGUAUAUAACCUCGCGCGCGACAUGCCCUCUGAGGACGUAAGAAAAACAGCUAACUGGGACUCUUUAUUCGACAUAUAAGGUCAAAAUAGCCACCUUAAUUUAUAACAUAUACAACCGCAUUACUCCAUCAUGCUUGGAACAUAUAAUCCAAAGGAAAGAGUCUAAGUAUGACCUCCGUCAUCAACAUCGUGUUAGCGUACAAAGUUUUGAAACUUAUUUUAUGAAAAACUGCAUUUCUUACAGAGGAUCCAUUGUUUGGAAUCUCUUAGAACCAGCCGCUGUCAGCGCCAGGGACUAUGCCAAAAGGGCAAAAAAAUCUUACGCUCUCAGAAACUUGAACUUUAAUGAAGAGUCACCGCAAAUGGGUAGUCCCCAAAUUGACAGUGAUUUCGUCUUUUAAUAAUUCUACUCAUAUUUUUUAUUGUACAUAUUUCACCUUUUAUUGACUACAUUCAAUUUUAACAAUUUUUAUUAUUUUAUUUUUAUUAACAUUCUUUACACGGCCCCAUAAGCUAUAUUAGCUUUAAAACCCACCGUGUUUAAAUAAAAGAUGUUGUUGUUGUUGUUGUUGAGCAACAGAAAAAUGGUCGAAGUAGUGUAGUCUUCUCGAGUAAGCUUGCUGGCCUUCUAUCAUGAGCUCCGAGAACGUUUUAAGCGCACAAGUGUGUUCACUCGUAUGCGUUAGCAUUUCGUUUCUUUGACUGAAGACAAAGAUAAAGCUGGUUCUGCAAAGGUAAAUAAAUCACCGCUGGGAAUGUAAAAAAGUAACCGUAACUACUAAUAACAGAAUACAAGCGGGUUUUAAUUCAGCCCGGCGAAAGAAAACGAAGCACUAGCCGUAGCCGAUGGACACAAAAUCAACUCACAAAUCGAAUGCACAAUUAUCAGAAAAAUACAAACCUCUUUGGAAGUGUUCAAAACGUUAUAUUCCACCUCAGACUGACGGAAUGAUCCGUUUUUACUCUAAUAUUUGUUGUUCCGAAUCCAAAGUAAUUUUCAAGUGACGAAAAAACAACAACAACAAAAACAAAAAAAGGUUUUAAAAAGUCUCAGUCAGAACUCUCACAGACCGACAUAAACAAACGCAGGCGAUAUAAGGGAUGCGCAGAAGCUUGCGCAGAACGUUUUUCCGCCCUGAAGACCAACAAUGACGUCACGUAGUCUCCGGUCCAUCGCGCGGCCAUUUCAGAAACGUUUUCGUGAAGUCUUCGGAAAUGCUCGGAUUUUGAUCUUUUAUCUUUCUAUAAAGGCUUGGGAAGAAAAAUCUUUAAACCAAAUAUCUUUUAGGAUGGUUCUUUUUAGAGUUUGGUGAAGGUAAAGUGACAGAAGGAAAUACUUCAAUUUUUUGGUUCAUUUGACCUUUAAGUGUUUAAUAGGGGGCUAAGAAGGCGAAAGGGCUUCUCCUUGCACUAACCAUUGCACGGCGGGAGAGAACUCUGUCUACCUCACUAUUAAAUGCCUGUAACGCAGACUGUAAUCUGAAUGAGCUAUUUUGUUUUCUUAAGAGAGUCGGCAGCAUAGUCUCACAAAUGCACUGCCGUUCAUCGCUCAUAAAAAAUAUUUGAGCUAUUUCAUGUUUUGAUGUAGUCGAACUACCUCGACUAUAAACUGUAAAAACAUCCACGUACAACGCAGUUAGCUUAAGUACGUUUCUAUUUUUCUUUAAUUUCAGAUCUACGUGGCUAUGUAAGGAGCUUGCUUGGUGUAGAAGAUGCCAUUUUUAACCUCAUUCCCAUUGCUAGGUCGUUUGGCAUGCCUGAAGAGGUAAUGAAUGAACUCACGGAGUGUUGGAACGACGAGAGCGAGCAACUGGACAUAAUUUUGCGACACUGGUCAAGAGAGAAGAAUGUGGCAGAAAACCUUGAUGCUCUAAGAAGAGACCUUGACAAGUUAAAACAAGGUUUGUCAAGCCCCUGCUUCAGUUAUCGUCUAGUUUCACAUUAAGUAUCUCAAUCGAAACUUAUACAAAAUUAUUAUCAUCAUUCAACUUCCAAUGAAAUACAAGUCAUUUGAAAUAAUAUUCUUGCGUCUACUUGAGGCUUUGUAUAAUAUUUGGUAAUGACAAACACCGUUAGUUGUGUUCUCGUAAACUUAAUUCCGACGCGUCCACUUGGGAAAUUCUAAUGCCUUGUGAAAAAACGUUUGGGAAAAGGCCACUACUUGAAAGCGUCGAAUUAAUCUUUGGUGUUUUCGAUUUUUAAAAUUUUAUCCUAGUUGACUUACUGUUUUUCGACUUUCAUUUAUACAGACCACACAAGUUACAAAGUAACAGCAAGAGGUCAGAUGCAUAUAAGGAACUUGCGAGAAUUUACAACCAAGAAUAUCGACGCCGGGUUAUUUCGCACUCUUUGUAUGUCUGUGAUAAGAGACCUGUGCAUCGAAAUGGAAUGCUCUGCUGAAGGUGUGGAAAGAGCAGCCUCCUCCACAAACCAUGCAGAUUAUUUUUUAAUCAACCAUUUCACUGAGAUUCGCCUACCAAAUGAGAAUUGUCGGCCAAUACCUGAAGAUAUCGCAUCGAAGUUUAGACAAGUGUGUUCACAUUCUCAUGAACCUUGCCUUAAAACUCUCCUGUCCAUUAUCCCUUGCCUUAUUCAAAACGUCAAGGAAAUCUAUGUUGACUGCGGAAGUACGGAGCCACAAAAUGGUUUAAGGGGACUGUCAAAGGACAAAAUAGAUGCAUUUGUGUCAAACGUUCAAAAGGCGGAACAGGAGGAUAAUUUCGGGGAUCUUGUUUAUGAGAUGUGCCAAAUUCUUGAGCAGCUGUGCAUAGAAAAUCGUGACAAUCAAGCGAAGGCAGAAAUACAGGAGUGGGGUGAACGUCUGGGAAUUGGACAAAUGCUCAAAUCUUUGAAUCGGUUCUUUCAGCACAGCCAACAAGACAUCAGGUUGUACAUGAGAUUAGACCUCUUUUCACGCAAUCUAAGGGACAUAAUGACCGGUCGUGUAGGGAGCGAUCAAGUUUACAUAUAUCUACAUGAUUUUUGCAAUGUUUUGCUGAGUUUGAUUGGUUUUGCAAGAUGUGAUCCAUCAAAACUCGUCAGAUUUGAGCUGGUUGACUCAGAAAAUGUUCCUUUGUCUUGUUACAAUGAAAGCGUAUCGUACGACGAGUUCGAAAACACAUACUGGCAGAGAUUCUACAUCACAAAAGAGUCAGAGGACGUACUUCAACUUUAUGCAGUCGCACGUGUGCACGUUAAAGGACAAACGUGUGAGAAAGGAGCUUUUCAGUCAGAGAUUGUGCUGAAUGCUGCCAGUGAGGAAGCGUUCGACAAAUGCAUGAUUGGUAUCGCUGACGUUGCUGUGAUGAAGCUUAAAGACAAACGUCCAGGAAAGUUGAACGUGGUCCUUUGUUCAACGAAAAAAGAAAAGAUUCUGGAGUUCCACAUCGCCUUGAAACGGGAACUUGGUGAAGGAUUACAAGAUAUCAGAGAGACGGACAUCACCCGCUGUUACCUAAAACUGUCUUCCAUUAAACCCAGUAGAAAGCUAUUUCUACGUCUUUUGUACAAAUGGGAAUCUGAGGCAGUUGUUUUCGAAAGUAAGGACUUCGUGACUGUGGCCUACUGCUCCUUUGGAAACGCUAGUACACCAGAAGUAAGACUUCCAGGUAAGAUUUCUUUGCUUGAUGUAAAAAGGUGA